GCGCACGAGAGACGGUCACACCGAUGAAAAGCCAACUCAGCUGAAAGUGAACCCAUUUUUAUACACAAUAAAAAAAGGUAGCUGCAGCGGAAUAAGUUGAUUUCACCUGUCCACUGAGCCCCAAGACAAUGCAAAAUGCGGCUGGCCAACGAGAAAGCGAAAAUGCAGCCCCUGCUGAGUGACUUGGCCCUGUUGCUGGGCCUGGCGAUCUGCUGUCUUCCAACUUUGACGUGGGCCGCGUCUCUCUCCGACAAACGACUGUGCGCCGACCCGAAAUGUGAACAAAUCAUCUCGACGGGCAUUACCAAAAUCAGCUACGCCAGCGGCGGCGAGGGGCAGAUAUCCUUCAAGAUCAAUUCCCCCGUCCGCGUCCUGUCCAAAAGUGCCGGCUCCAACAUGCUGCUGUGGGGCGUCGAUAUCAACGGGCGGCGCGGCUACGCCAACAAGGACUUUAUCAUGGAAAAGAAGAUCCUGGUGCGAGACAAGGACCUGAAGUUUGUGGUGCCAGUAGUAGGACCUGGCAGUCCAGUUGCGUCCGUGGAGGAGCCACUGCAACCCGUUCUCAACUCGUCUGAGUCAGCCGAUGAUUUGGCCACGACCACGACGUCACCGCUUGAGGUUAACGUGGACUCAAUAGUGGUGGAGCAGAACCCGGUUAAGGAUCGGCAGGUUCCUGAUCCCACGGCGGCUUCCAAAGCCCAGGUGCAGCUCGUAGAAGGUACAGAGCUGCCGCUGGAGGCAAUUUCAGCUGUCAACGACAGCACAAUAUUGCCAGAAAAGACAGAAAAACCCCACGAAGCAUUGAAACUUGAAUCCGCCUCUGCAAUCGUUGACACGAAAGAGCCGCAGGCGUCACCUUCAGACUCCAGUCAGCUGCCUGCCACUGGAGCUCAGGAGCCGACUCUACCGACGCAGGCCAUCAACGCUGAACUUGAAGACACUGAGGAUUUCGAUUACGGGGAUGACGAGGCAGACGACAACGACGACGACGACGACAAAGACGAAGACGACUUCAAACAAUCUAGUGAAGAUAACGAACCGAAAGCAAACGAUAACAAAUCAAUUACGGGAUCGAUUGAACUGAACUCGAAUUCGGUUGACAAAGCGAACACAACUGAUAGCUUGGAGGAACCAAAGGCGGAAGUGGAGGUUCCAAAGCUAGAGGACGAUAAACUCGUUGUUCCAGCCACUCCUGAGAGUCUUGUUUUGCCAAACGAGGUGAUUACGGAAAAACUGACUGAGGUAACGGAAACUCCCAAGAAAGAGCCGGAAGUUGUCGUGGGAUCAAAGCCAUUGGAUGCUCUGCCAUCCGAGGUUGUCACUGAAGAGGUCCCUGAUGUACCGCAUCCGGUUGUUAACGAUGAGGUCAAAGAAAAAACAGUUCAGUUUUCUGCAGAAAUUCAAGCUGAGCCUGAAAAAGAAAACACCACUGAACCUCUUGCUCAAUCCGAAGAGGAAACCAAUAGUAAACCUGAAUCAGUGACCAGCUUACCUGCUCCUGCCACCAAAGAUGCUCCACUGAAUGCGAAACCAAUUGGCCUGCCGCCUCUUUUCGAAGCGAAAAACUUUGAGAACCCCAAUGAUUACUAUAAGCAGAUGCAGGAGCAGCGGAAAAUAAUUGAGGAAGCAGAGCGUCAGAAAAGGUUGCAAGCUGAAGUGGAGCAACAGAAGAUAAUAAAUGAGCAAGCGGAGCAGGAGAAGAGGUUACGCGAGGAAGCCGAGCAGCAGAAGAGGUUACGCGAGGAAGCCGAGCAGCAGAAGAGGUUAGCUGAAGAAGCCGAGCAGCAGAAGAGGUUAGCUGAAGAAGCGGAACAGCAGAAGAGGUUGCUUGAGGAAGCACAGCAGACACUGCAGGUUCAAGAUGCAGACCAGCAGCUCAAUGAUUCUGAUUCUGAUUCUGAUUCUGUGGAUCCAAUCCAAUCCAAUGAAGUCGUUGAUAAUGAUAAUGACUACUACAAACAGCAGCAGUCAGAUCAGCAGCAUCACCACCAUCAUUACGCACCGAGUGCAGAGCAAACUACCCCAACUCCUGACUCUGAUUCCCCGUACGGCGCAGUCCUCGAGGAGACCACACAAGCAGCGUACGCUGACUCACCUCGUGCGGGAGUUGGUUCCGUGGAGCCAGUGGCUCUGCCUGCGACUGCUAGUCCCGUGUCGGAGGCUCCCAUCAAGGAGAAUGGCUUGGGCCUUGGUCUUUUUGCCACCAUUGUCGGCACCGUAAACAAUUUUAUCGGCAAGGAGCCACAGGCGGGUCCACUAGAAAACAAUGAUGAGCUGCAGAGAAUUCUCUAUCCAGGCAAGGCUGAGGUGGCAUCCUCUCAAAAGGAAACUGAAGGCGCUGCUCCUGCCGAUGUCGAUGGUUAUUGUGCCCGUUUUCAAACCCGGGAUGCACACUGUCGUCCCGUUAUAUCCCUGGAUAAUUUUGUGGAAGUGAUGGCCGCCAAGCUGGUGGAGCACAGUCAGCUUUUGCUGUGUGUGCUGAUUGCGGCAGCGUCGUCUCUGUUCUUCGUCUUCGCCUACUACUGUUUCUGCAACAGCAGCCAGGAGGGAGCACUUCUCUCCAAACUCAAUCACUUGGAGCGCAGUUUGCUGGCCUCCCACAAGGAGAACCUGAUUAUCAAGCACGACCUGACGACCACACGAACCAAGUUGGCCAGCAUUGAGGACAACUCCUUUGGUUCCAACGACAUGGUGGCUGACCUCAAGAAGCAGCUGGAAUCUGAGCUUUACGAGAAGGCCAAGCUGCAGGAGCAGGUGGGCUCGCUAGAAAGGGAUCUGGACAAUGCGGCCGAGGCUGGAUUGGAGCUGAACAAAAUGUUGUCGGAAGUGCUGAGCAGCCAGAACGGCGAUGAGGCCUUCAUGAGCACCGUCGACGAACUGCAGCGGCAGCUCAACGACCAAGAGAAGAUCAUCCUCGAGAUCAACUCGAGUCUGGCGGAAAAGAGUCGCGAGAACAGCGAACUGCAGUAUGCAUUCACGGAGGCCACGGCCCGUCUUACCAGCGAUCUGAAGGCCCUGCAAGAGGACAACUACGAGUUGGAGAUGGAAAAGUCGAAGCUGCAAACUCGCCUCGAGGAAAUCCAGGCCAGCACCGAAUUGGAGUUGGCCAAGGCGCUGGAGGCACGCAAUUACGAAAUGCAGAGGCUGCAGAACCAAAUCCUCGAACUGACCGCCAAAUGGGAACGGGAACACGGCGAUCUGCAGACGAGUCUGGCCAAAAUUGAAGCCCUCGAAGACUGUCUCAAGGCGGUCAAGAAGGAUGCCAACUUCAAUGUCCAGGAACUGAUCACCUCGGCCAAGACGCGCGGCGAACUGAGCGCAACCCAUAAGAAGUUCGUCGAGCUGCAGGCGAAGCUGGAGCAGGAAGUGGCGCACAAGCAGCGUCUGGAAGUCCAGCUGCAGCAGUCGAGCGCAGAUGUGGAGCAGCUGAAGCAGGACUUCAACCAAUCGGAGCGCGACAAACUGGAAGCCCAGACGCGACUCGAGGUCCUGUCUGGCUACUUCCGCGAGAAGGAGAACGAACUUAAGAAAGAACUCAGCAUGCAGGAGACCAAAUGGCUGCAGCAUCAGGGCGAGAACGCCAGCACAGUGGAGACUCAGACGCUGAUGAAGAACGAAAUCCAAACUCUCAAAUCUCAGAACGACGAGCUGCGUGCCGAGAUCGAGGCCCAAAUAGCUUCGCACAAGGCCCAGAUGGGCACACUUGAGAACCGUGCCCAUGAGUCCUGGCUGGCGGCGCGCCAGUCGGAACGGCGAUGCGAGGAGGCGCUGGCCGAGGCCGCCGGCCUGAGGCGCAAGCUGACCACCAUGGCCAGCGGAGGAGUCGGAGAUGCAGCCGUCAUGGAGGCCAUCGCCUCCAACGGAGCGCCUGUGCUGGGGGCGGAACUGAAAACGGCUCCAUCGCCGCUUCCCUUGCCGGGCUCGCCACUGCUGAACAUGCCAAAUCCACUGCCAUUCCUGGCGGCGCCCUUCUCUCCGUUCAUGGGCCUUCCGCCGCCAUUCCUGCCCCCCGCUGGAGCGGGUGGGGCACGCCCUCCGCCCCUGGGGCGUAUGCGUUCGCCGCCGCCUUCGAACCGCAGCGAUCGGGAGCGGGAACGGGACCGGGAUCGAGACCGGUACUCGGACUACAGCGAUUACGAUGACUACGACGACGAUGAGGAGGACAUGCAUCGCCGUCGAAGACACAGCGGCAGCUGGGGCCGGCGUCAUCCGGACACUUACAACCACUCGCCGCGCACAUAUCGCUCGCUGUCCCCGUCGGACAGUCGCUACAACUACAACGACACGGAGACGGACUUUAGUCCGCCGCCCAGUCCACCGCCCGCUUCCUCGGGGAGGAGCGCGGCAUCACGACCCUACAGCGAGGUGUGAGGGAGAGCGUGUUUGCGUGUAACCUAUCAAGUCCUACCAAGUAUAUUAGACUCAAAACUAGUUCAAAUAUAUUUAUUAAUCCAACGACUAUCGUACGGUCGGGUCGGCCUCACUAACCGAUUCCACUUACAGGCAUCUCAGGAGAGAAACAAUCAACAUCAAAAAAAAGCAUAACUCCUGACUCAAUGGUGAAUGAUAACCAAGAAAUUCAACAAAAUUAAACUCAAACAAAAACCCAAAAA